AUGAGUAGUGAUUCUGAAACAUCGUCUGUUCAAGCUAAACCACGCGAAAUGACAGUCGAUGAAUAUUCUGAAUUGCUUGCCAAAUGGCAACACGCAUAUUAUGCAUGGAAUACCAGUUGUGUUACUUAUCACAAUAUGAUGAUGUUAAAUUCACUUGCACAACAAAUACCCAUUCUUACAACAACAACAACAUUACCUACAAAUCGUUCACCACCUUUUGAUCCAUUAGCAGAAAUUCGAAAUGCACGUUUGAAAGUUGCAUCUGUUUGGCGUCGUUUUUUAGCUGAAGCAAUUGAUUUUAUUAUUUUACAUAUAUUUAAAAUUCUUAUGAUCUUUGUUCUUGCAAAUUAUUUACAUCUGAUUGAUGAAACUCAUUUAAGUCUUAGUUAUAUGGUUUCAAGUAUACUCUAUGAAGAUUCUCUAUCAUUUCCACUUGAACUUCUUUGUGUUGAAUUAGCAUAUUUAGUAAUAUGCAUUGCUUUUGAAAGUUUUUGUCUUACUCGUUAUGCUGCAACACCGGGUAAACGUCUACUUCGUUUACGUGUUCUUAAAUGUAAUCAUUUACAAAUACAAGAAAAUGGUGAUGUUGCUAUUGAACCCGGUACAAUACUUAAUAGUGGAGCAGCAUUAAUUCGUUCAUCAUUUAAAACUUUAACAUCGACAUUUCUAUUUCCAACUGUUAUUAUCGCUUUAUUAACAUCACAAAAUCGACAAACAAGUUAUGAUGUAGCUGCUAGUGCUGUUGUUGUUGAACUCGAACGUCGAGAGUCAUAA